CUGUCCUUGCCAGAUCGACAGCUGUUUCUACCACUAAGGAGAUGAAUUAAUACAUACAUCUCUCAAACAAUGGAAGCUAAGAACCCGCCCACUGGAAUCGCCGCCGCUGCCCAAGCGUAUCAACUCGCCAUGUCCCAACAACCAGCGGCUCAGACUGAGGCAGAGAGCACUGAUAUCUCAGCCAACCCACCUCAAUCAGAGGCGGCGAAAGACGUCACCAUGGCCGAUGAGUCCGUUGAGUCACCUGCGCCUGCAGUGGGAAAAGUUCCCAACGCUCAGAGCCCGAUUCCUGCCCGCACUGGUACACCUGUGCAGGCAAAUAUUGCUGCAGAUAGCUCGUCUCGAGCGGCGUCACAGCAUCCUGAGCCAGGGCCCACCGCUAUGCCUGCGCAUGCCCCACCUCAUGGUGCUCCUGCGCGCCAGUAUCUGAACGCUAAAGUCACGGCGACGUUGUUGGAAGGCAUGAAGCAUCUGGCCAAAGAACAGCCAUCUGACCCACUGAGGGUGCUGGGGGAGUUCUUACUUCAGAAAUCUAAGGAGAUUGAGGGAAACUGAGUAAAUUUGGGUGUAUAUUACGGGAUGGAAAAUGGAUAGGCAGCUACGCAUGAUAUCAAAGAGGAGAUAGCAGCUGGUAAUGACAACGAGCUAUGAGAAGACAGGAGUGAUUGGAAAUGAUUUCGCCAACUAAAUUAGGCCCAGUGGUCAAGCAGAUAGUGUUCAUACUGUCACAUUGAUAUCACGGUUCAAAAGCCAGGAACAUGUAAGACGGGUGGUGCGUGCGGGUUUCAAUUCACUGAGAUCUAAGCUAUCCGAGCUUUUAGAACAGUAACCUCGAUCAUAAUGCAAGAUAUCCGGCCCC